AUUGGACAACAGACUAUAUUCGUACCGGUUUUGUGAUAUAAAGUGAACGAUUUUAUUACUUGGUAGAGUUGGUUCGCUCCUGAAUUGUAAUGAUAACUUCACACACUUCGCUAAUGAAGCACGUAUUUGAAAGUGCACGAUUCAUUGAAACGAAGUUUUCCAUUUAUAAAAGUGAAAUAAAUGGAAUUGAAGAAAAUAAAAUUAGGUGUGGACGGAAGAAAUUUGCGAAUUUUUUGAUAUUGUAACAUUCUUCAAGAAGUUGUCGCAUGGCUCCAUCUAGGGAAAUAAGUAAGAUACUGUUCGAAAAAUGCUGGCAGAAUUUAUUGUAUGUACCAUUAAAUCGUAUGGAAUAAUAAAUACUCAAGACUAGAAGAUGAAAAACAACAUGGAAAUUAUUAAAUGAUUAAUUCAAAGUGAGUGAUGUAUACAUUGAGAAAAAUUAGAUAGCUCUUAUUUACCAUCCGAGUAAAAUGUAAGCGAAACUUAGUGGUGUCAGUUGCCGAUUGCCCGGAAGUUAGCGUCAAAGGAUAAAAAUGUAUAUGUUUAUAAUGCCUACAAAAUGCUCCUUUAGUUCCUCAUGUUUUCCUAAUUACUCCGCUGCUGUUAUACAGUGGAUAAAAAAAUAUUCAGUUUUCAAUUUUGUUUUCCGAUGUGUUCCAAACAGUUCCGUGAUAGUUCUCUCUGGUGCUCAAUGCUGAGACCAUAGUUCCGCUCGGAACUAUUAUUUAAAUAAUGCUGGAAGCUAGCACCGCACCGCUGCAUUCCUCAAUGCAGACAGGCAUGCGGUGCUGGCUUUUGUCAUAGUAAAUCUUAUCGAACUUACACUGUGCGCUCGAACUUAAGUUUGCAAAGAAAAAAAAUUCACACUUACGCUACGAAUAGCAGCAAUUGACACUACUCAUUAGACGCAAUAACAAUGUCCAUCAAUCGGGCCAUUUCCAACAAAGGAAUUUCAUCUCCUAUCAAAUAUUACUCCAAUUUAGUCUGGUUCAUUCAGUCAGCUGUCAGCUGUUUGCAGCUGUCACAUCGUGGUGUGCAAGUUAAAUCUUGUAAACAAGGCAUUUGUUCAUUGAGGACUAUUAUAAUAUUAAUUAAACAAUGUUUACUGAUGCAUCUUCCGAGCCUGUAGGCUUCCGUUCUCAACUUUGCAGUAACAAACCAGAAAAAUCAAGUAAUAUUCAGACUGAUGAAGUAGUAUAUAAGGAGAACGAAACUCAAGCUAUUGAGACAAAAGAUGUUCAUACGCAAACUAUAAUCGAACAAAGAAAGAAACCUCAAGUAGACUAUCAAAAACUGGCAGCAUUUUUAAAGCGUGUAACACCAGGCAUCCUAGAGGACUUAGAUGAAGCAUAUGGUAGCAAUGCUUUCGAGAACUAUGAUCCUGGAGCUAGUGGUGAACCAUCGACUACAGUAAAGUUAUUAGCAAAGUUGAACACAUUGGAAGAAUCUAAUAAUGAAAUAAAGAUCAGUGACAUAACAUGGAGUAGUGGCGGGGGAACUCUUUCUGUAUCGCACAGUGUAGUAUAUCAUGAAACAUAUUGCGACCAUUUAUCAAAAAUCAAAUUUUAUGACCUAACAAAGGAUUAUCAGCUUCCCAUAGAGCCCAAAAAAGUAUUAAAUCUAAAUUCCUGUGUAACAUCACUCUCGUAUCAUCCUACUGAACCAUCUAUUAUUGCAGCAGGCUUGUUUAAUGGAGAUAUCGUUUUAUGGAAUCUAAGAGAUGAGACUGCGGUAACUCCAACUCAAGUUUGCACACAUGGUGAUACCGUGUCCCUAAUUCAUUGGCGACCCAGAUCCAUCAAUGAUGUUUCAUUGCUAGUAACAGCUAGUAGGGAUGGAUAUAUUUUGGUUCACAAAUUGACAGCCAACUUUACCACCAUCACUCAACAUAAACGAUUUAAAAUCGCAAAGGAGCACAAUCCAUCGGAAAGCACAAGACCACGUAGCGCAGGCGGAAGUCGAGAACGUGCUACAGAGGCUGGAUUAUCAGUUACGACUUUCGACUUCUCUACUAAGGAUCCUAUGCUUUUUGUUGUCGGCACUCUGUGUGGCGGCUUGUACAAGUGCAGCGUGGAUCGUGCUACUCCAGUGGAAGGUCUUGGAAAUGAAAAUAUUCUUGAUCCUGUUGUGGAUGAGUAUGAAAGACACGAAGGCAGUGUUACUUGCGUACGCAGUUCACCCACGCGCAACCUAUUUGUUACAAGUGGCACAGAUAAAGAAAUUCGAAUCUAUGAUUUUGCAGAGUCUGUGAUUCAUCAAACGAUAUCUGUUGACGACACAAUUGUGGGGCUUACGUGGUUACCUGGAAUAAUCGACGUAUUCACAGCUUACGGCGCAGGAGCCUCAAUACACUUUUACAACGUAACAAAUGGAAAGCCUGUCACGAAUCUCAAGCUGGAAAUGUCGGAAAAACAGGGUACCAGUUGUCUUCAAUUUAAUGGAAAAAGAGAUCUCGUGGCCAUUGGAGACACCAAGGGAAACUUGGAAAUUUGGAAAAUACCAAGACAGCCAUUUACAUAGACACUACAAUACGCAUGGCACUUUUUGAUACAGUCUAGUCGUUCAUAUGUUUAGCAGCUUACGUUUAAUAUAGCGAUACCGUGCAUUGCUUUCAUACGCUCUCUAUACAAGUUUAUUCAGUACUACUGCACUAUCUGAAGAUAGUUCUCCCAUAGGAACUGAAUAGUACUAAGAUAGACACUGUACUUAAGUUCAUAAUCAUAUACACAUAUGUCAAUUAAUGACACAAUUAAGAUCGCUUUAAUGUUUUCUUUAAUUCCAUCAAUAUUAAAAUUGAUAGACUAUCAAUAAGAAUAGCUAUGAAAUAA